CCGCCAAGAAGGUGCGAACAAGAUGAUUUCUCCCAGCAUAAACAUCAUGAUUGUCUCCGUGUACGUUUUCGCCCUCGUGCUGCUGCCUGGUCUUCAGCCUUCUGCAGCAGAGUCUCCAUCAAGUCUAACCUGUAACUCCACGCGGCUCCCUAAUGGGUCGGUCCUGUUCCAGCUGCCACACGGGCCCAGUUCAUCCAGCUGCAGAACCUGCUGGGAGGAUCAGAACAAAACCGUCAUGGCACGAGGCUCACGCUUUUAUGAAGCCUUCGUCCACAGUCUGACGGACGACUCCAUUAUCCUGGCUGACUGUCGUCCCCUGCGCUACAUCCUGGAGUGCUCUGGGAUGCUGCAGGAGAUCGACUGCGCAGUGAACUGCAGUUCUCACCUGGACCCUGCUUCACCUUCCCCAAACUCCACCCACCCAGACAAGCCGGAGUGGAUAACCGGAGCCAUCGCUGUUAGCCUUCUGUCGUCUGGCAUCAUCGUCAUUGUCAUGCUUUGGCGCUUCUAUAAGAAAAAACGUUCUGUGACGACCCCAACUGCUCAGUCUGUUGUAACCGCGUGGUCUCGACUGCAGAGGCUGCGCUACAAGGCAGAUGCCCUGCAGACGGACUGCAACAGCUCUGCUCUCCUCAUCAUCAUCAUCAUCAUCUUCACAUCAUCGUUGGUGAUCGAUGGCUUCGAUCCUUCUCUAAUCGAUGGUUUGUAUUUUUCGACGCUGAAGCUUGAUGACGUCCAUGUGGGAUGA